UCCGCGGCAUCCCGGAGCUGCGGAGCGCGGCCCGCUCGGCCGUCCCCUCCCCCUCGCCGGGCCGCGCCGGAGGGGAACCCGUCGCCUCGGCCGCUCGGGCCCCCGAGGUCCGGCGUCGUCAUGGACUCUCCGUGGGAUGAGCUGACGCUGGCCUUCUCCCACACUUCCAUGUUCCCCUUUUUUGACAUCGCCCACUACCUAGUGUCGGUGAUGGCGCUGAAGCGUCAGCCAGGAGCAGAAGCGGUGGCAUGGAAGAAUCCUGUGUCAAGUUGGUUUACUGCCAUGCUGCACUGCUUUGGUGGAGGAAUUUUAUCCUGUAUACUGCUUGCAGAACCUCCACUAAGGUUUCUUGCAAACCACACUAAUGUUUUACUGGCAUCUUCAAUCUGGUAUAUUAUAUUUUUUUGCCCAUGUGACCUAGUUUCCCAUGGUUAUUCAUUCCUACCUGUUCAACUCCUGGCUACGGGAAUGAAGGAAGUUACCAGAACUUGGAAAAUAGUAGGUGGAGUCACACAUGCUAACAGCUAUUACAGAGAUGGCUGGAUAAUCAUGAUAGUUAUUGGAUGGGCCCGAGGUGCAGGUGGUGCCAUUAUCACAAACUUGGAGCAAUUAUUAAAAGGAGAUUGGAAACCAGAAGGUGAUGAAUGGCUAAAAAUGUCAUAUCCUUCCAAGGUAACCCUGCUGGGGUCAGUUAUGUUCACAUUCCAGCACACCAAGCAUCUGGCGGUAUCAAAGCAUCAUCUUAUGUUCCUUUAUACUAUCUUUCUUGUAACCACAAAGAUAACCAUGAUGGUUACAGAGACUUCUACCAUGACUCUUGCUCCUUUAGAAGAUAUAUUGAGUAGGAUGCUGUUUGGCUGGCAGCAACAGUUUUCAUUGUGUGGAAAGAAAAGUGAAACAAAAGCGUCUUUCAAUGGCACUGGCUCAUCCACCUCAAAACCUACACCAGAGGAUGCUGUAGAAAAUAUUAAAAAGAAAAACACUAAGACUGAAUAAAUUUACCUGAUGAACUGCUCUAAAAGACAAAAAAAAAUCUCAUCUACCUAUCAGAUUUUGAUAUUCUAUGUAAAUGAUGUGAAAUAAAGAUUUUAUAAGGUGUGGAGGUGACAAAAGGGAAGGAAUUCUUUGUUUCAGGGAGACUACCACUUUCAUGAUUGUAUUUCCUGAGUGUAUCAUGUAAAUUUAUUUUUCUUAUAUAAAAGAUUUUCUCUUUUGUUUCUUUGAAUAGUUUUAUAUUGAUAAAAGAAAGGUAACUUUUUAAUUGUUAGAAAAAAUAAACCUAUUGUAAAAUUACAAACAUUUAAGCCUUUUCAAAACUUAGAUAUUUUUAUACUUUUAAAAAUUUACUUUGAAUUGGGUUUUAGUUCAUCAUAAUUAAAAACUUACUUCACACCGCCAUUAUGAUGGUUCUUUGUAAUUAGAAACAAUUCCUAUCUAGUUUUGAAAAUUAAGAACAGCCAACUGUCCCUACAGUGCUUUAUAUUAUAAAUGAAAGUAAUUUUCAAGCUUGUGUUUGAUAAAUGUUAUAAUUUUGCCCACGUUUAAUGGAAAUACACUUGAAAUUUAAUUUUAUAUCUCUAAUGUUUUUAGGUGAGACCAUAAUAUUAGUAUGAGUCCCAAUCUGUAGUCUGCGUAAUGCCCUUGUUUAAAAACUUUUUCUGAAAAGAAAAUCAAGGGUGCAGUUGUGUGUGUGUGUGUGUGUGUGUGCACGCGUGUGCAUGUGUGCGUGUAUCCCAGGGACCUUGAACUUGCCAUCCUCUCACUCCAGCCUCCUGAGUGCUAGAAUGACAGGUGUGGGCACUAUACCAGGUUACAGUUGUAAUUUUUAAAAAUAUGAAUCCUAUAUUUAAAAUUUUCAUUUGAGCUUAGCUUAUUAUUUUUUCUAAAGUACAUUUAUUGCAACUGUGGGAGACAUUCUUCUCUAUGUUUCACAUGUUCUUUCCCACUUUAGUUGGUCUGAACACGGUGGUGGUAGCUAUCUUAAUGAUUGAACAAAAAUGAUUAUAUCCACUAGAGUUUUCUCUUUUUAUGUCUCCUUUCUAGUGGCUGCCUUUUCAGUUUGAAUAUAUCUUGGUGUUUUAUCUUAAUCUACAUGUACCUAUAUUAAUUUUAUUUUAAAUGAAAAUGAAUUACUUUCAUGUGCAAAUGCUCUAAUGAGAAUUGUUCUUGCACAUUUGUUGGUACCAGCUAACAGAAACAGAACUUUAUAUGGUCAUCUAUUUGAAUGAUGACAUUAAAUCUGAUCUCUUAUUGGCAAAAUAACAAAACAAGAAAAGAUACUAAAUGUUGGCAGGUUUUCUUGUUCUAUUGUAUGGGGUCUAGAAGUCUAAUCAAAACUCUGUGGGGCUGGGGAUAUGGCCUAGUGGCAAGAGUGCCUGCCUC